UUUAACCUGGAUUGCCGUGCGUCCAUUGCAAAUUUCGUUCUCCCCUAGUGUUUGCCUUAGUCUUUGAUUUGAUGCGAGCUUGGUGAAGCCGCUGAUGCAAAACGCUUACUGCACCAAUCCCGGUUGAUUUCAACUCCAUUGUCGAUGAUUCCGAUGCGACUUGAUGGAUAUUACUCAUAGAUAAAUAAGAGGGAAGAGGAAAACUAUUCUCAUUGGUUAACAAGUCUUGUGCUUCGAUUCGCCUGAGCCGAGGUUACAAUUCUAAAAACAUUGAUUUCUGGACUGGGUUGGGUAGGAGUUUUUGAAUCUGAAUGGCUGAUUCAGUGCAUGCUAGCAGCGAUAGUAAAAUUCAGAAUUUGAUUUCCGCUAAGAAGUCAUUGAAGCUUAGCCUGGAGAAGUCAAAGUCCCUAGGGUUAGCUUUGGAGAAGGCUGGACCUAGAUUGGAGGAGAUUAGCCAAAGAUUGCCUUCCCUUGAAUCUGCUGUUCGCCCCAUUCGUGCUGACAAGGACGCCCUUGCGGCUGUUGGCGGACACAUUAAUCGAGCCGUUAGCCCCGCAGCUGCCGUGCUCAAGGUUUUUGAUGCUGUACAUGGCCUCGAAAAGUCACUGUUAUCUGAUCCGCGUAAUGAUCUCCCGGGUUAUUUGUCAGUGGUGAAGCGCCUCGAAGAGGCACUGAGGUUCUUGGCAGAUAACUGUGGAUUGGCAAUUCAAUGGUUGGAGGAUAUUGUGGAGUACUUGGAAGAUAAUACUGUUGCUGAUGAAAGGUAUCUGUCAAAUUUGAAGAAGUCACUUCAAAAUCUUCGUGAAUUGCAAAAUGAAGAGGGGAAGGCCCGACUGGAUGGUGGGCUUUUAGAAGCAGCAUUGCAAAAACUGGAAAAUGAAUUCCGGCAGCUGUUGACUGAAAACAGUGUUCCGCUUCCAAUGUCACCAUCGCCUACGCUUGCUGGUCAGGCAUGCAUUGCUCCUUCACCUUUACCAGUAUCUAUUAUUCACAAGUUGCAAGCAAUUCUUGGCAGAUUGAUCGCUAACAAUAGACUCGAGAAAUGCAUAUCAAUUUAUGUUGAAGUCCGUAGUUCAAACGUCAGAGCAAGCCUGCAGGCUCUCAAUCUGGAUUACCUUGAGAUCUCAGUAUCUGAAUUCAAUGAUGUGCAGAGCAUUGAGGGAUAUAUAGCCCAAUGGGGAAAGCAUUUAGAGUUUGCAGUGAAGCAUUUGUUUGAAGCUGAGUAUAAACUUUGUAAUGAUGUAUUUGAGAGGAUUGGAUUGGAUGUGUGGAUGGGCUGCUUUUCAAGGAUAGCUGCACAGGCCGGUAUACUUGCAUUUCUUCAAUUUGGGAAGACUGUUACAGAGAGUAAGAAAGAUCCCAUCAAACUGUUAAAACUAUUGGACAUAUUUGCAUCUCUGAACAAAUUGAGAUUGGAUUUCAACCGCCUUUUUGGUGGAGCAGCAUGUGUUGAAAUUCAGAACUUGACUAGGGAUCUAAUCAAGAGUGUGAUUGAUGGGGCAGCGGAGAUUUUCUGGGAACUUCUGGUCCAGGUAGAGUUACAGAGACAGAAUCCACCUCCUCUUGACGGCAAUGUCCCGAGACUGGUGAGUUUUAUUACUGAUUAUUGUAACAAACUCCUAGGGGAUGACUAUAAGCCAAUAUUGACACAAGUCCUUGUCAUACACCGGAGUUGGAAACGGCAGAGCUUUCAGGAGAGACUCCUGGUGAAUGAGGUUUUAAACAUUAUUAAAACCGUAGAGUUGAAUUUGGAGACAUGGAUCAAGGCUUAUGACGAUCCUAUGCUAUCAAACUUCUUUGCUAUGAACAAUCACUGGCAUCUGUUCAAGCACUUGAAAGGAACAAAGCUUGGGGAUCUCUUGGGAGAUACUUGGUUGAAAGAACAUGAGCAGUACAAGGACUAUUACUCCACAAUUUUCUUGAGGGAUAGCUGGGGAAAGCUUCCUGGUCAUUUGAGCAGGGAAGGGCUGAUUCUGUUCUCAGGAGGGCGUGCUACUGCUCGUGAUCUGGUCAAGAAAAGGUUGAAAAAGUUCAAUGAAGUUUUUGAUGAGAUGUAUACAAAGCAAUCAACCUGGGUUAUGCCAGAACGAGAUCUAAGGGAGAAAACAACCCAGCUUAUAGUGCAAGCCGUGGUUCCUGUUUACAGGAGUUACAUGCAGAAUUAUGGUCCCUUGGUUGAGCAAGAUGCCAGCUCCUCAAAAUAUGCAAAAUAUAGUGUGCAGAAGCUGGAGGAAAUGCUUUCGUCUCUUUAUCAGCCGAAGCCUGUAAGACACGCCAGUUUGAAAGGUCGGCAAUUUAGUGAGAAAUUUGGCAAUAAAAUGGUGGAUCUUCGUCGCACUGCCUCUGCAGUUGUGUAAUUGCCUAGUCCUAGUUUUGAAAAGGUGAAAGAGCAUUUAUAUACUCCUCUCGUAGGAUUGUUGGCUGCUGUAUAUAAUAUUCCUCUGAGCCCCGCAAUGCAUCGUUUUACCUUCCCUGCCUCCCCUUUCUCGGAUUCUGAGAAGGAGGCUUCUGAACAGUGCUGUUCAAUUGCCUAAUGCAUUUACGAGACAGUGGAACUUUGUUUUCCUACUGAGAUGGAAAAUCAAAUGUCAUCUCUCCUGCACAGGUUUCUGCGAUGUGAAGAGUAUUGUAAGUUCUGAUUAAUAAAUACGGGCCUUUGUCAAUCAGGUUCGUCGAUCUUACACCCAGCUAAAGUAAUUUAUUUGACUUCAGCUUCUCCCUUUAAACUUGCUUUGUAGCAGCAGGCUCAAUGUAAUAUGUUAGAUUUUUAUGUGUAAUUUUUUUAAUUUAUCACCAUACAUGGAUUCAGAAGUUCUAGAUUAACGGUAUUUUUUUUUUUCC